CAGUCUAUCAGACAGUAGAAGAAGAUGCGGAUGUUGUGAGAAGGGAAGCGGUUUUAUGUAGUUUUUCCUCGAACCUGGAUAACUUAUUCUAGAUAAGACGUUAGCAACAUUUUAUACGCUAUCAGCUAAUAUUGUAAUUCACCAGAGAUGGAAAUUAGCAGCAGAUAAAGCUGGAAGAACAUCUAUUCUUUGGUUUCUAACAAAAAACUUAACGAAAUGGCUUCAGAGGAUGAAUUGAAUCUCCUGGUCAUCGUGGUUGAUGUGAAUCCCAUCUGGUGGGGUCAGCAAGGUCAGCGUGAGCCAGAGUUCACUUUGUGCAAGUGUCUGGAUGCCGUCAUGGUGAUGGGAAAUUCCCAUAUGGCAAUGACAAGGACAAACAGGCUGGCCGUUAUCGCCAGUCAUUGUCAAGACAGUCACUUCUUGUAUCCCAGUAAGAGUUGGGAAAGUGGAGACAGUGGUGGGGAUGAAAUUUCCUCCAGCCGGGAUGGAAAAUACGAACUUCUAGCUGUCGCCAACAACCUCAUUGCUGAAGAGAUCAGGAGUAUUAUGACUAAAACUGAAGUGACGGGGAAUUCAACUGACACCCUGUUGGCAGGAUCUCUUGCCAAAGCCCUCUGCUAUAUUAACAGGGUCUCAAAAGAGUUAGAAGUUGGACAAGAGAUGAAGUCAAGGAUAUUGGUGAUAAAAGCAGCUGAUGACUGCGCUCUCCAGUACAUGAACUUCAUGAAUGUGAUUUUUGCUGCACAAAAGCAGAACAUCCUGAUAGAUGCGUGUGUGCUGGACUCGGACUCGGGGCUGCUUCAGCAGGCUUGCGACAUAACAGGAGGCUUGUACCUGAAGAUACCGCAGAAAGUAGCCCUGGCUCAGUACCUGCUGUGGGUGUUCCUGCCCGACUCGGAGCAGCGCUCCCAGCUGGUGCUGCCGCCGCCUGCCCACGUGGACUACAGAGCUGCCUGUUUCUGCCACCGUAACCUCAUCGAGAUCGGCUACGUCUGCUCCGUUUGUCUGUCGAUAUUCUGCAACUUCAGCCCCAUUUGCACAACAUGCGAGACGGCCUUCAAAAUACAGCUACCUCAGAUGGUCAAACCUAAAAAGAAGAAAUUGAAGCAAGCAGCUUGAUGAUUGUUUUGAUUUCCUCUCACUGUCAUUUAGGCAAAUCAGUUUUUUUAGAAGAAGAAGCCCCUUAUCCAAAUGUAUAUACUGAUUUUGUUACUGAAAUCUCCUGGGUAAAAUGUAUUUGCUGUUAGAGCAAAGAUUUCCUGGAAACCUUUGUGAAGACGAACAUGUGGAAGAUUCUUAUUAUUCUUCUCUUCUGUGCAAAGCAAAAAAAAAAUAAAUAAAAAAAACAUAAUAAAAGACCCAACACACCCAGCACAAGGAGUGUUUCAAUGAACAUUUCUGGAUUUUACAGCUUUGUUUCUAUCAUUGAUUUUUAACAAUUUAAUCUGCAGAAGAAGCUCUUCAGUCUCAUUACUAAGGAAAUGACGUUUUUGAAUUUAGUCUCUUCUGCUUUAUGUGCUUUGUCAAAUUUACUACUGAAAAUUUUAAAAAAAAUCCACCAAGAGCUGAUUCGCUGUAACUUCACUAAUAUAAAAUACGCUAUGUAAACUCCAUCCACAGUAAUAUAUGAAUUUAAUACACAACAAGGAAUCACGCCAAACAACAACCAGUUAUAUAUCAUCUCUGCAUAAACUGGUCACUGGUAUUUCUAAAAUAAUAUAUUUUGGCUAUAAUAGCACAACUGUAGUAGUUUAUCCAUUUAACACACCAUCAUUUAAUCUUAAAUAUGUUUUUAUGAGUCUUUCCCAUGAGAUUGAAUAAAAUGCAUUUAUUGCAAAAAUUCAUCACUUCAUACAAGUCAAAAUGUUUCUUACUUGUUUUCUUCAAGAAAACUAUUUAUUCAACCAAAGUAAUUGUAUGUACACACAGGAUAAGAAUUACUGAAGCAUCCCAUCUUUAAUAACCAUGACCAUCUUCUUUCAAGCUCCCGAGAGAAAAAAAAAACUUCAAUCCAAAAGCUGGCCUCUUUAAAAUGUGUGCAGAAGAAUGUAUGCAGGUCUUAAUCAUGAGUUCAGCAGUUUAAUUUUGACAUAUUCCACUCUUAGUCAUUGUAUGGAGAAAAUGUUCAAGAUUUUCAUUAGGAAACUG